GGGCGUGGCUAAUUUCGGGGGCGGGCUUUAGUGCUGCUGAACACGGAACGCUAGUUACUGCUGCAUCUCCGUAGAGAGACGGGGGUGUAAACGUAUUCAGCUGCGCCGAAAACCUCAUCCUUUUGGGACUGACUGGUGUUUUAUUCGUCAUUAAUAAUGUUCCGCUUGCGGGCGUUGUCUGCAGUGUCGGUGGGUCUAGCGCAGCUGUCCCGCCGUUAUCACAGCGAUGCAGUUCGAGGAUCUGGCCGGAGGAGGCUGAUGCUGGCAGCCCUCGCAGGGGUAACUGGUGUGUCUGCUGGUGCAGGAGUACUCUGGAAGAGAGCGUAUGCUGAUGCGGGGCCUUCUGUUCAACACUCUGGGCAACCAGGUGGAGAGGAGACUGAUUUCAUGAAAGAUGCAGAGGUGGAGUCAGGGAAGUCGGUGGAGUCCAGCAGUGGGGAUGAAUCAAAAGAUGAAGGUGAAGAGGGGAAAAAGAAGAAGCCCCGUUCUGGAUUCCGUGACCGCAAGGUGAUGGAGUAUGAGAACAGAAUAAGGGCCUACUCAACUCCAGACAAGAUUUUCCGCUACUUUGCAACGCUGAAGGUCAUCAACGAGAAUGGAGACGCCGAGGUUUAUAUGACACCGCAGGACUUCAUACGCUCCAUCACGCCCAACGAGAAACAGCCUGAGAAUCUUGGACUGGACCAGUUUAUCGUGAAGCGCUAUGAUGGAAAGAAAAUUGCCCAGGAGAGAGAGAAGUUUGCAGAUGAGGACAGCAUAUUUUACACGUUAGGAGAAUGUGGCUUGAUUUCCUUCUCUGAUUACAUCUUCCUCACCACCGUGCUGUCAACUCCCCAGAGGAACUUUGAGAUUGCAUUCAAGAUGUUUGAUCUGAACGGCGAUGGAGAGGUGGACCUGGAGGAGUUUGAACAGGUCCAGAGCAUCAUACGGUCACAGACUAGUAUGGGUAUGCGACACCGCGACCGCUCCACCACAGGAAACACCCUGAAGACAGCCGGCUGCAGCUCUGCUCUCACCACCUACUUCUUUGGAGAGGACCUGAAGGGAAAGCUAACAAUCAGCAGCUUCCUGGAGUUUCAAAGGAAACUGCAGCACGACGUGCUCAAACUAGAGUUUGAGAGGAACGACCCUGCAGACGGCAGGAUCACCGAGAGGCAGUUUGGAGGGAUGCUGCUGGCGUACAGCGGCGUCCAGUCUCGUAAACUCAAGCAGAUGCAGAAAGGCUUGAAGAAGAUGUUUAAGGAUGCACAGGGCAUCACUUUUGUGGAGGUGGAGAACUUCUUCACUUUCCUGAAGAACGUGAACGACGUGGACACGGCUCUCAGCUUCUACCACAUGGCGGGAGCCUCUAUAGAUAAAGUUACCAUGAAGCAGGUAGCCCGCACGGUGGCUAAGGUGGAGCUGUCGGAUCACGUGUGCGAUGUGGUGUUCGCUCUGUUCGACUGCGAUGGGAACGGCGAGCUUAGUAACAAGGAGUUCAUAGCCAUCAUGAAGCAGCGGCUGAUGCGUGGGCUGGAGAAGCCCAAAGAUAUGGGCUUCACUCGUCUGGUGCGUGCCAUGUGGAAGUGCGCGCAGGACACGGCCUGGGACUUCGCCAUGCCAAAGACGUAGUGGUCGACUUUCGCCUCGGUGGCCGUGCAGCGAAGCGGAGGGAAAGGCGGGCGCUGUCGUCUGGAACAUUUGGAGAAUUCAUGCAGACAGUUAAUGCAUCAAACUCAUUAGGGCUGCAGCUCUGAGGGCCGUCACCAAUCAUUAUCGCAUGCUGCUGUAAUUCAAGCUAACAGUUUUGUGACUGAAGCAUCCUGAUGCAAUGCAGUGUGUCUCAGAGGCUCCUCCAGUGUGUCCGCCUAAAGCUUUAUGGGUAUAUUUAAGGGUUAGGGUUCUUUUCUCCAUAUUCUAUAAACGAAUGCAGCUUUUUUUACUUCUACAAACCCAAAUGUUCCUUUCUGUAUUUAGCAGCCAAAAGAAACGGAUUUUAUUUGACUUCCUGUUUCAUUUGGACAAUGCUCGGUUGUGUCUGCUCACUCCUGCCGCAGUAAUCCUCUGGUGUUUUCUUAUUAUUGCUCAAUGAAACACUUUAUAUAAACUAGAUGUUAAAAACGCUCUAUCAGGAUGUUUUAAUAAUAAUAAUAUAUACAUAAAAAAAGUGA